GGGAGAGCCUUCCGGGAGGACGACACCUGGGCCCAGGAGCGUCCCAAUCCGAGACGAGGCCUCCGGCCGCUGGACUGAGCCGCUGCCCUCCGGCACUGCCUGAAAUAGGUACUGAUUCCUCCUGGGAUCCCGAGGCCAGCAUUCCAUGUACACCGGACCACGAAGCUGGCUCUCUGCCCCAGAAGACCUACGUAGAGGUCUCAGGACAGCCCUGAAGGCCCGACCUGCCAAAGGAGCAGGCAAACAGCGCACACCCGAAGGCAUCAUGGAAAAGCUGCUCGCCAAAGCCCCGGCCAGGGCGGCCGGCCCCGAAGACUCGGCCCUCGACAGCCUGGCGCUGGCCAAUGAAAUCCUCGCCGACAUCCAUCCUCUGCGGAGCGCCGACGAAAACGUGGCGGAGCUGCUGCGGAUCCUGAAGGAGCCCCACUUUCGGGCUCUCCUGGAGGCCCGCGACACCCUGGCGUCCGAGGGCUACGAGCCGCCCCCGGCCUCCUCCGACAGCCCCCUGCCCCCGGAGGACGCGGUCCAGCUGCUGAGCAUCCACAAGCGAGCCGGGGAGCCCCUGGGGGUGACCCUCCGGGUGGAGAACAACGACCUGGUGAUCGCCCGCAUCCUGCGCGGCGGAGUGAUAGACCGCGGGGGGCUCCUCCGCGUGGGGGACGUCAUCAAGGAGGCCGACGGCCGCCGGGUGGGCACCGACGCCGGGGGGCUGCAGGAGCUGCUCAGGACCGCCGGGCGCGACGUCCUGCUGAAGAUCCUGCCCAGCUCCCGCAGAGCCACGAGCCCGCAGGACAUGUUCGUGAAGUGCCACUUCGACUACGACCCGGGCGCCGACAGCCUCAUCCCCUGCCAGGAGGUGGGCCUGAGCUUCUCCAGGGGGGACGUCCUGCAGAUCGUCAACACGGACGACCCCAACUGGUGGCAGGCGAGGCACGCCGAGGAAGGGAGCAGCACCGCCGCCGGCCUGGUGCCCAGCCAGACCCUGGAGGAGAAGAGGAAGGCAUUCGUCCGCUGUGGCAGGAGCAGCCCCGAGCCCCUGUGCGGGGCUGCCGGCAGCCAGAAGAAGAAGAGGCGGAUCAUGUACGACACCCACCGCAACGCCGACUUCGACCGCCAUGAGAUCCAGAUCUACGAGGAGGUGGUGCGGGCGCCACCCUUCCAGCGCAAGGUCCUGGUGCUGAUCGGGGCCCAGGGCGUGGGCCGCAGGACCCUGAAGAACAUCCUCAUCGUGCUCAACCCCAGCCUGUUCGGGACCACCGUGCCCUUCACCUCCCGGAAGCCCAGGAAAGGGGAAGACGAGCAGGUGUACCGCUUUGUGAGCCGGCCUGAGAUGGAGGCUGACAUCAGGGCCGGCAGGUACCUGGAGUACGGGGAGUACCAGGGCAACCUGUACGGCACCAAGACCGAGUCCAUCUUCGAGGUCACCCAGGCCGGGAAGACGUGCAUCCUGGACGUGAACCCGCGGGCCCUGAAGCUGCUCCGCACCGCCGACUUCAUGCCCUACGUGGUGUUCAUCGCCGCCCCCAAGCUGGACAUCCUCCGCGCCAUGCACGAGGCCACAGUGAAUUCGGGGAUCACCACCAAGCUGCCCACACAAGCCAUGCUGCAGAGAACCGUCAGCGAGAGCGGCCACAUCCAGGGCACCUACAGCCACUACUUCGACUUGACCAUCGUCAACGAUGACCUGGACAAGGCCUUCGAGAAGCUGCUGGCUGCCUUCGAGAGGCUGCGCACCGAGCCCCAGUGGAUCCCCGUCAGCUGGCUGUACUAGCAUGCCGCCACCGCCUCCACCAUUCCCAGGCUUGAGCUUCAGCAAUAAAUAAACGUUUGCCUGAGAAA